ACUUGAGCCGCAUGGUGUGCGCUAGUGAUAUGAACAGCGUUGAGUCGCAGCAAAAAAACUUCCAGACCAUGCAGACUGCUAUUGCUGGCUUGGGAAGCCAGGUGGACAGGGCAAACGAGCUGGAGUCUAACAUGCCACCAGAAAUGAGGGAUGAAUAUUGUGACCUUUUGCUGAAGCUCAACUCAAAAUACCAUAACUUACUGGAAUCCUCUGGAAGACACAUCCAGCACAUGAAGGAUCUACGCAGCUUCAUGAUGCAGGCUACCGAGGAGCUCAAGUGGCUGAACCUGCGUGAGGAGAAGGAGCUCGUCUUCGACUGGAGCGACCGCAACACCAACAUGUCGGCCAAACGGGACGCGCACGCGGAGCUGCAAAAGGACUUGGAGAGAAAGGAGGCCGAUAUUGACCGCAUCCAGAAACUUGGCGAGCAACUCCUGAAAGACCACCCAGCAGCCGAGACCAUCGAGGCGUACAUGCAAACGCUGCAGACACAGUGGAGCUGGAUGUUACAACUUGUCCGCUGCAUUGAUAUACACCUGAGAGAAAACACAAACUACUUUCAGUUUUUUAAAGAUGCCCAGGAGGUUGAUAAAUACCUGAUGAGCCAGCAAGAAGCAAUAAAAAUGAAAUAUGUGUGUGACAAGUCUACAAACCUGGACAAACUUGAUGUUCUUCUGAAGUCUGCUAUGGCCGAGAGAGACGCUUUGGCAGAUUACAACAGGACCGUGUUGAACCUGAUGAACCGAGCCAAGACGGUGGUGCAGUUGAAGCCCAGGGAUCCGCAGAAUCCGGUCCAGGCGCUCAUUCCACUCACUGCCCUGUGCGAGUAUAAAACCGAGCAGGUGACGGUCUAUCCCAACGACCAGUGCCUCUUGAAGAACAACUCCCACCGUACGCGCUGGAGGGUCGUGGCUCCGGGUGGUGGAGAGAUCACCGCUCCGUCUGUGUGCCUGCUUGUGUCACCACUCAACAAGGAGGCCAUGGACAUCGCUGGCUGCAUUGACCAGGUGUAUCAAGACAACUUCUCCCUGUGGCAGCACGUCAUCACCAACAUGAAAUGCUUGAUCAUCUGGCAGUGCCUGCUUCGGGACAUGGAGCGAGUGAGGACUUGGUCUGCAAGCAAGGGCUCCCGCGAGGAGUACAUACGCCUGCUGCACAUGCUCGAGAUCAACUACGACGAGUUCCUCAAGCUGAGCGAGGACUCGCAGCAGUUCAGCGUGGACGACCUGGCGAGGCUCAAGCGCGAGUACUCGAACUGUGCCAAGAUCGUGCAGCAGGGAGGUGCCGGUGGCGGCGCCGGCGGAGGCAGCGGUCAGGAAGCGGUGGUGGACGGAACCAUCAAGAGGACCGAGACAAACAUGACCAACAAGCAGCCAGGUCGGAGUGGCUCCAACAGCACCCUGGACAGCAACGACGGGCAGCAGAGUGUCACCUCGCAACUGGACGGGAUUGAGAGCAUCCUGGUCCGUAUCAUCCGCACGCCGCUCAAGCAGCCCGAGCCUCUGGAGGACAGCGAGGAUCGGCUGGACCGGGUCAAGAAUGUCAGACACAAGCUGGAAUCAGUCUCGAGCCAAGGACUGUCCCCGAAUACUGCAGGGAAACUCAAGACUCUCCAGGGUCUUUCUGUCAAGUGCCUGGACCACUACAAGGUCAUCGACAUGAUGGUGCGGGGGGUCCUGGAGGUUGAGUCCAACAUUAAGGUGUAUGAACAGAACCUGGCCAAGGGAGACCUGGUGCUUAGCAGCCCAGAGGGAGUCAAUGCUCACAUCAUGCAGCUCAAGCAAUGGCUGUUGGAGAUCCAGCAGAAGCAGCGGCUGGUGCUCAGGAUGCAGGACGAGGUCCAAAAAGCCCAGGUGGCCAACGCGGAGCUGUACAAGAUAUACAACCUGCAGUACCCUGACGUGGACAUCUACACCGACAAAGGGACGGGGCUCAUCGAGCGCUGGAAGAACAUGCAGACCCACAUCAACACUCGGCUGCAGAGUCUGGGAAACGUGCAGAAAAUUCUGGAGGACUACAAGGUGCAGCAUCGCUUUCUCACCGAGUGGUACGGAGACGCUACUCGCCAGCUGCAGAGGGCCCAGGCCAUCAAGGGCGACGACCACGAGGAGAUAAAGUCCAUCAUCGCACAGCUCAAGAAACUCCAAGAUAAACUCGGAAAAGAUGAACAGAAAGUGAAGGACUAUAAGUUGUGCUGCGAUAAUUUCACCGAUGCAAUGAAGCACUACGAGCCGCUGUUGCUGCAGUACAGAGAUCUCAUCAGGAAGUUCCACGCGGUUCUCCCCGACUAUGAAAUUCGUGGUGCCUUGGACGACUUCUGUCAAGAGCAAAUCGACAUGCAGACGUGCCUGCACAACCUGAUGCGCCGUAUCACCGAGUACAUCGCCUGCAUCGAGUCGUGGCACCGCACGGAGCGGCGCGUGCGCAUCCUGGUGGACGGCGAGGAGAUGCCCCUGUUCCAGGCCUACGCCAAGGGCUUCAUCACGCGCGAGAAAUACGACCAGCUCAUGAACUGGCAGUCGAAGUCCAACAAUUAGAGAGAGGGAGAGAGAGAGAGAAAAGCCACAAUUUAUAAACUCAAUAGAGGCAGGGGCAAUGACCUAUCAAAGUGUAAGUGACAACACUCAACACACUUGUCAAGAAUGCUACCAUAAAAGGAAAAAUAUAUGUAAUAGGUGACAUAUCGGGAAAUGGCUAUUGCCCGAGAUAUCACCUAUUAUAGAAAGUUUUAUCUUUAGGGUGGUGUUAUUGAUGAAUGCGUUGGUUUGUUGUUAUUUGUGCUUAUGCACAACUGCUAAUGAAUUACAGUAUCACGUUUUUUUUGUUAUAUCAAAGUGUAGACUUGUGAAAUCUCUUGGGGUCAUUUUCCUGACUGAAAUCAAUAACAACUAAUAUAUAUUCUUGGUUCUUUCGGUAAAGUCAUGUAGAAGGGAAAUAAUAAAAUAAUAUAAAUAUAAAACAAUAAAAAUCUUGGAUUUCACACCUGAUGAUGAUUGCUUGUGUUGCAGUCGAUACGUCGUGAGAAUUUUUAUUGUUUUAUAUCUAUAUUAUUUUAUUAUUUCCCUUCUACGUGACUUUACCGAAAGAACCAAGAAUAUGAAUCCCUGCAGUCACGAAAGCUUUAAAUAAAAAAAACUAAUAUAUACUUUUUACUCUGACUAAUAUUUUUGUAAUGAGCCAUCAUGCAUUACAUGAAUAAAAAAAAAUAGCUUUUCUGAUUAUGCAUUUUAGGAAUACUGGAUGGGCACCUUAAAUACCGGGGAAAAAUUGGUCAGGGAGAUUUAAAUUGUCAGAAUUCUCACUGGAAGGAUGUGGGUACAUUUUUUUUUACAUUUGUGUUUUAUAUCAGCAUUUUUUUAAUGAUACAUUUUCUUUUAAAGACCAGAAAUUUUAGACGUACUCACUAUGUAGUUAAAUUUCUAAUUUAAACAGCAACUUACGAGGAAAUGGGAUGGUAUCAUUAUUAUUUUGAAGGCAACGACAACUAGGUUAGUGGUGACAAAUGCUGACGUCAGUAGAUCUGCUGUCUACUUAAGGCGGCAACAGUUUGUCGGUGUGGCUCGUUGUGACUUUGUAUCUUUUGCUAUAUGAGGUAAACAGGUUUUGCAGACAUUUUUCACAGAGCUAAGGUGCUUUAUCAGAGCUCAUUUACAUUCAAGCAACAGACUCGGAGAGCGUUUGUUUUAUUAACAUUUUGCCAUCUAUAGAACAUGGGGGGAGUAUAUUAAAUACGUUGUUGCUCUACGUGUUGAAUGCUACCAUGGUGUCAUGGUUAGCACACUGGAUGUGUAAUCCAGAGGUCGCCGGCUUGAUUCUAUCACCAGACGUGGCAGCUGAAAUGAUUUGCAAGUUUUGCCUCUGUGCACCCAGCAACAUGAAUGGGUACACCAGUGUGACGAUCGGCCGGUCGCGUAUGGUGGGGUAAAGUGUUGGUACUCCCUACUUGAAAUACAUCUGGCCAGCGUGAUAGAGUAGGUCAGAUACUCUAUAUAGGGGUCUCUAGAGCUCUGUCUAGUGGAGAUCUUUCUGUCAGCAGUGGUAUGAGCAAGAAAUUGCCUAUGUUUAAAAAAAAUAUGCUGUUUUAUCCCUUUGUGCAUGUAUUUUCUGCUGGCAGCCAACAUUGUAAAAUUCUCAACUAAAAUAGAGGGCAGAUACUUGGGUUCAAGUAGGACCUUCACUUAGUAUCCAGUGAUCCUUUUCUUCACAAAAUAAGGAAUUAUAUUCGAAAUAUAUUUCAGAACGUGCUGGAUAUAGUGGUUCGUUUACCAUGCUAUUUGAACACAGAGUCCUGAGUGUGAAUGGAGGCCACAGCUUACAUCACCAGCCAGUGAUAUCUGAAGUUUUCCUGGGCCCCUCCUUUCACUAACCUGCACCGACUAGCUUUGCUGAAAUGUGCUUAAUCUAGCAGUGGACUGACACAGGGCUGUAGAAUUAAACAUAAAGUGCACAGCACGUGACCUGUUGGAAUUUGUAUUGUUGUGCUGUGUAUACCAAAAGUUAUGGGUGUUGGUGAUAAAUGCACAUGUUUUAUUAACGACAACAAAUAAUUUCGUAAUGAUGAGCAAUAUUAUCGUCUCUCUAAGGGAAAUAUAAAAAAUACUGACUCAUUUCAAGUCAUGGUUAAAUACGAGACUUUAUUUUAUUUUCAGGCAGAUUGAACUUUAACAAUGUUUCCAAAAGCAAUUAUCCUAUAGCACUGCCCGAAAGAGAUUUGUUUCCAAGAUGAAUAUAUGUACUGUAGGCUUUUUAUUGCUUUAAUCCCCAAUAUAAACUGCAUGGACUUAUGUAUAAUUAUCAACAUGUCAAAAUGUUUUAUACACAUUUACUCUAGAACAAGUUUGUUUUAUUAUCACAAUCUACUUAUAGAAAUAAUUUUGUAAUCUUUAGUAAUGCAUGAAAUUCAACUUGUUUUUUGUAUCGGGCACAUGAAUUGGGAGCAGCUUUGAAAUAGUGCAUGCAGUUUUGAUAAAUAUGGUGUAUUGUUACAUUUUUGAAUAAAGUCAUGCAACAAUAAAAACA